AUGCCCGCCCAAGGCUACGGCGGCAACGAAAAGGCCUCGUUCGAAGAGCAGUUCCAGAUCCCCAAGCCAAAGUACAACGAUCUCUGGGCUGGUAUCCUCUUCAUUCUCUUCAUGGCUGGCUACGUUGUUGUCUCUGGUAUUGCGCUUCAAGGAUACGCAGCGAAUAAGGGGAAUGCUGGGUCUGGAAUUUACGGUAAUCGGAAUGACUUUUCGCUGAACACGAGUACCGUUAUUCUGUUCAUGUUUGUACUCGCUGUUGCGUUUGUGUUAUCGUGUGCAUAUGUUUGGCUUGCGCGGUUGUUUCCGAAGCAGUUUAUUUGGGUUACUGGUAUUCUCAAUAUCUGUUGGGCGCUUGGAACUGCUAUCUUUUACCUGUGGCGCAGAUACUGGUCUGCUGGAAUUGUGUUCCUCAUCUUUGGACUUUUCCUGGCCUUCUGCUUCUGGACAUGGAUUUCUCGAAUUCCCUUCUCGGCGCUGAUGCUUCGAACGACCAUCGACGUUAGCAAGAAGUAUGGCCAUGUCUACCUCACUAGUCUGAUUGGAGGCAUCAUCGCUACGGCUAUGUCUGCUUGGUUCUCUAUCACUCUUGUCGCAAUCUACGUCAAGUAUCAGCCCGCGAACGACAACCCCUCUUGCGCCGACGGCGGCUGCAGUGAAGGCAAGGUCAUCGGUCUCAUCGUCUUCAUCACCUUCGCCAUGUACUGGUUCUCCGAGUGGCUCAAGAACACCAUCCACACCACAAUUGCCGGCGUCUACGGCUCUUGGUACUUCAACCCUCACAACUUCCCCAAAGAUGCUACUCGCGCUUCUGCCAAGCGAGCCUUGACCUACAGCUUUGGUUCCAUUGCACUGGGUAGCUUGCUGGUCGCCAUUAUCCAGUUCGUCCGUCAGAUUUGCACCGCUGCUCGAAACCAGGAGGCUGCAGAUGGCAGCAUGUUGGGAUACGCUCUGUUCUGCUGCAUUGGCUGCCUUCUUGGUAUUUUGGAGUGGGCUGUUGAGUUCAUCAACAGAUAUGCUUUCUGCCAUAUUGCGCUUUACGGCAAGGCUUACUUUGCGGCUGCGAAGGAUACCUGGAAGAUGAUCAAGGACCGAGGAAUUGACGCUCUGAUCAACGACUGCCUCAUCGGACCUGUUCUUUCGUUCGGCGGCCUCUUCAUCGCAUACGCUUGUGGUCUCCUUGCCUACCUCUACCUCUACUUCACCGAUCCCCCUUACAACAGCGACGGUCAAUACACAGCAGUCGUCAUGGCAUUCUCGUUCCUCAUCGGCUUCCAGAUCGCAAACAUUUUCACCACCCCGAUUUCGAGCGGUGUCGAGACAAUCUUUGUUGCUGCUGGUUGGGAUCCUCAGGUCAUGUGGCGCGAUCACCCCGAGCUUUACCAGGAGAUGUGCAGAGUGUAUCCCAAGGUUCAGCAGGUCAUUCAUGAUCGAUAA